AUUAACCUCAUAUUUCCACUGCAAACUUGGUUUUAUGUUUUUAUCAUAUUUGUGCAUCUAGUAUUGAUUAUGGUGUAUUAUUUGUAGUGAAUGAAAAAUGGCAAACGAUCGAGAAAUUCUGAGAGAAAUCUGGGAGGGAAAAUUGCCGGUAUGUUUCCAAUUAGAUCCAAAUGAAGUUUCAGAGUUACAACAACCUGAUCCUUUUUUUCUUAUGGUGCCCCGAUUGAGCUACUUCCCUUUAGUCACAGACAAAGUUAGAAAACAUUUUAGCCGAUAUGUCGAUAGCGAAAAACAAGAGCAAGAUAUGUGGUUAGAAUGUGAUGGUCAGCCUGUGAAAUGGCAUUUUCCAAUUGGUGUUGUGUUUGAUUUAUAUGUGGGGGCUGAUAUACAGUUACCGUGGAAUAUAACAGUUCAUUUUGAUAAAUUUCCAGAAUCACAAAUUUUUAGGUUUAGUACCAAAGAAAUUGUGGAAGCACAUUUUAUGGCAUGCAUUAAAGAGGCUGAUUUUUUGAAACAUAGAGGCCAGGUUGUUAGUAGUAUGCAAAAAAAGGAUCAUAACCAACUGUGGGUAGGACUACAAAAUGACAAAUUUGAUCAAUUCUGGGCAGUUAAUAGAAAAUUAAUGGAAACCCCAAGUGAUCAAGAGCAUUUCAAGUACAUUCCUUUUCGUUUGUACAUGGAUGAUGGCUAUAAACAAAAGUUAAUCAAGCCAAUUACAGAUGAUGGUCGACGUAAAACAUUACAAGAUCUUAUAAAUGAAACAUUACCUAAUCAUGCCAAUGUAAAGAUUCGUACACAUGGAAUGAUACCUCCAAUGGAGACUCCUAUACAAUGGAUGUCAGAACAUUUAAGCUAUCCUGAUAACUUCCUUCAUUUAUGCUUACAAAUCUAAACUUAAUUCGCAAACAGAUAUGUUGAGUGUAUGUAUAUUUUAAGUUAUUGCGUCUAAGAACAAUGUGUAAAUGAAAAAUCGCUUAUUCUGAAAUCAUUUUUAUAUUUCGUAUUCACCAUAUUUUAUAAUAAAAUAUAUGUAUAUAUAAUUAAACCAUUUAAAUGUG